AGGCCCUGAAACAGAAAACCGACGUCAAAGAACUAGCAAUGACUAAAGCCAACUCUAGGGUUGGCUUAUGUCGCCUGUGGGGCCUUAAAACCACUGUAUGAAAAAAAGUAUCCUAAUCAAAUAUUCUUUUAUAAAAACAGGACAAAAUAAACACCAUGAAUAUACGUUCACAAAAACAUCUGAAUAUUUAAUGAAAUAAAAAAUACAGGGAAACAUUUCAGAAUAUCUAAAUUUUUAUUGUGAAGUUUUACCAAUUGCAGACAACAACAUUUGUCGCCAUUGGCUUUGCUUAGUUGGGGACAUUUUUAUUUAAUAUUCAACAAUGUUAUUGAACUGCCUGCAUUGACACCAUUAUAUGAGAUCUGAACUGAGAUGGACAAUGACAUCACGGUUUUGGCAGAGUUAAUUCUUUGGGCAUGCAUGAUGUGAAACGAGUGGUCGCAAAACCACCGGGCUUUCCCGUGUUAUUGUCAGCAGCUGGUUAUCCUUCCAUGUUGAAGAGUCCAGCUGCAUCAUAUUUAUUCACAAAAUUAAAUAGAUUCACCUGGGAGCACUCUUGGGCUCUGGGUAGUUGCCAUCACGGUCCCCUUGUGGAGCCAAGGGAAAAGGAUUGGAUAGAUCCUAACUCUGAAGCACAUCAGAAACUCUGUGAACUAAUUCUCGACGCACGAUGGCUCAAGGAUGUUCCCAAGUAUCUGCAUUUCAGAUCAACCGCAGAACUUGAAUCUUUCCACAAUCACAUCCUCAUGUACGCCAGCAAACGUUUCAGCUUCACACAUCCAGUGUACAGUUCACGAGUCUUUCUUGCGGCUCUUGACUACAAUCACCACAUCAACAGGGCACCAAGAAAAAAGAAAGAUGGCACUCUUCAAUAUGCUAAGCUUUACAGCAAACGGUCCCGGAGAUGGCGCGUCUACUCCCUAAAGGUCAAGAAAGACUACAGUUACAUCACAGAGUUACAAGUUGACAUUGUGCGGAAGAGGUUGGCAUCCGCAGGGCUUCCCGUUAAGACAACAAGACGACCUGGUGACCCAAGACGUCUUGGAACCCUUUCUGGUGUGCCAGCACCUUCAACGGAGGAGCUUCUGAGGACACAGCACACCAGGGGAAAAGGGCAUCCAGAGGCACCGGAAUAACAGCUGAUUCCAUAUGUUGCAGUUAACUACGCACUUUCUCUUUUGUUCAAACAACUGCUUUCAAUAAAAAAAAUUUACUGAA